AUGUACAUAUCGCUUGAUCGAACAUCAUCAAAAUGGAGAGUGACGAAUUUUGAUGAUUCCCACAAUCACUUGUUGCAUACUCCUGAAACUGUUCAUAUGAUGAGAACUCAAAGAAAAUUGUGUGAGUCCCAAGCUAUAAGUGUUGAAAUUGCUGAGGCUACUGGGUUACCUCUUAAGUUGUCACAUGAUCUCAUUAGUGCCCAAUCAAGAGGGAAGGAAUUUGUUGGGUUCAUGCGAGAGGAUCUUAAAAGUCACUUGCGUUCUAGAAGAGGGAGGGAUUUGCAAUAUGGUGAAGCAGGAAUUUUGUUCAAAUAUUUUCAGAAACAAACCAUUGAUAAUCCUUACUUCUUUCACACAAUGCAAUUGGAUGUAGAUGAGAUGAUAAGCAACAUCUUUUGGGCUGACCAUCAGAUGAUUACAGAUUAUGGUCUAUUCGGGGAUACAUUGUCUUUUGACACGACUUUUCGGACUAAUAAAGAGUGUUGA